CUCCGGAAUCCGCCAUUUGUUAUCACUCUCUCUUUCUCGCACUGUCUGCAGCAACGGCGAUGGCUCUUCGGACCCUCUCCAGAAAGAAAACCCUAGGUUUAGGGUUAGGGUUUGGGAUUCGACAUUUUCAGACCUGCACUCUCCCGGACCUUCCGUACGACUAUGGCGCGCUUGAGCCGGUCAUUAGUGGGGAGAUCAUGACGCUCCACCACCAGAAGCACCACCAGACUUACGUCACCAACUACAACAAGGCCCUCGAGCAGCUCGAUGAGGCCAUGACCAAGGGAGAUUCGUCAACAGUCGUCCAAUUGCAAAGCGCCAUCAAAUUCAACGGCGGAGGUCAUGUCAAUCACUCUAUAUUCUGGAAAAAUCUCACACCCAUUAAUGAAGGAGGGGGCGAGCCUCCAAAGGGUUCCCUUGGUUGGGCUAUUGACACUCAUUUUGGUUCUAUGGAAGCAUUGGUGAAAAAAAUCAAUGCAGAAGGUGCUGCUGUACAAGGUUCUGGAUGGGUGUGGCUGGGUCUGGAUAAGGAGCUGAAGAAACUUGUGGUUGAAACCACAGCAAAUCAGGAUCCGCUGGUAACUAAAGGAGCAAGUUUAGUUCCUUUGCUGGGGAUAGAUGUAUGGGAGCAUGCAUACUACUUACAGUACAAAAAUGUGAGGCCGGAUUAUUUGAAGAACAUAUGGAAGGUUAUAAACUGGAAGUAUGCAAGUGAUGUGUUUGAUAAGGAGUCGCCUUGAGGUAAAACCUUUCUCAUGCCUCCCAUUUUCAGUUUUAUGACUAUAAGAAUAAGUUGGUGAACUACAAUGGUUGUGCUUCUGAUGAGAUGUGUUCUUGAGGGAUGUCCAUGUCGGUUUGUUUAGUCUUGUUGUUGUGUAGAAACUGUUCACAAAUGUUCAACAGGACCUUUUUUUAGUAUAUUUUGUUCCCUUC